AUGCAACCGAGGCAGGUCCAACGACACAGGCCGGGGGAGGUGGUUGAGGGCAACCUGCUGAUGGCGAGGACGCUGUACGAGUUCCGCGGCCUCGUGCACGGCGACGACGACCCCAGCGACCCCGGGAUCAAGGUCAUGGUGCACAAGUAUCGGAUCAAGACAAUCGACCCCAGCGAGCCGCAGCACAAGUGGCGCGAGUGGACGGCGGGGAACCCCGUCUGGGUCUACAGGCACUGGCUGGGGUGCAGCUAG